CUGGAACCAGGGACCUCCUGUCACCUCCAUUUUCCAUCUCCUUACAAUUAGUCUUGCUUACCAAAAAGACUGGAAGUUGACUAUGGCUGAGUUUUUCUUCCUUUUCAAUUUUUAGUUUUCCACUCAAAUUAGUUUGCAUUGUUUGGAAUGCCAUGGGGGAGGUUGUUGUUGUGAGAGUUAUUGACCUGCUUAUUGAUGAAUUAGAUGAAAGACGCCAACUUAAACUCCAGCUCCAGCUGGAAUUGCUGGAAAGGGAAUUGAAGCUCAUGCUUGCUGUGUUAGACCAUAUAGAAUCCUUGGAAGGACCAAGCGAAGAUAUGAAACUUUGGGCAGACAAGGCAAGGGAUGUUGUUCGCUUCUCUGAGGAUAUGACCGACUCUUUCAUGAUUGCAACAGCAAAGAGGAGCAGGGCAAAAGUGCUGAAGCAGUUUGCCUUGUUUUUCAGUGAUAUAUUUCUUGGUUUCAAGUUACGUCCCAAGGUAAAGAGCCUCAUGCUUCGUAUCAAUGAUCUCUCUAAAGAAAGUAAAGUCUUUAAUAUCACAAUCGGUGGUGGGGGAAGAGGAGGAUCUCAAGCACAACGUAAGUAUCUGGGAGGAACAAAACGUAAAGUCCCUACUCUGCCUUACAUGAACACAUCAGUUGAGAGGGAAUGUGCAGGAUUCGUGGUGACUUCAAUGAUUAUUCUAUUACGAUGUGAUCCAUUUUUUUGUUGUGUUUGUGAUCCAACUAUAUCGUUUAUUUGUUGCUGUUUAUUAAUUGUGGGAGAGCGCACGAUACCUGGUAUACAAAAUCUGCGUAAGGUACGUAAACAAAUCAUCAAUGUCAGAAAAGAAUGUGAAGUGACUACAAUGUCAUCAACAGAGGAGAACGUGAUAUCAGAGACUAACACCAUCAUUUCUUCUUUCUUAGAGCAGAUUGAUUUCAUGCUAAGUCAAAAGUUUCUUUUCUACCCAUUAGCCACCAGGGAGGUUAAGCAACUAAGGCAGUACAUCAAACGCAUAAAUAAUCUUCUGAAACAUUUGGAAGCUGUUGGAGAGCUAGAUAAAAGGGAGAAUGUUUGGUUGGGGUGGGUGAGGGAUAUUUGCCUUCCUGCAAAGGAUUUCCUCACUUCCUUCGUAAGCAAAAGAGAGCUGAAAAUAAAGAGGUGGGCAAAACUCAAAGCUCCUACGUUUCUUGGUGCAGAUUUAGAGCUUAGGAAGAAGAUGAAGGUGAUCAGGAGCAGGAUCCAAUAUGCAUAUGGCAGAAGGUGGAUAUAUGGAAUGGCAGAACCUGAUGAGGUAGAAGGGCUGAAGCCAUCAAGGGCUUUUGAACUUGAGUCAAUCUGGAGAGAUUUGAGGCUAAUGUGUGCCUUAAUUGAAGAUGUCCAGGGCAUGGAAGAAAAAGGUGAGAGAGUGAAGAUUUGGUUGGAGCAAAUGGGAGACCUUGCUCUUGAGGUAGAUGCUCUCAAUACACAAAUUCAAGAACAUCAUCAAAAUAUGAAGGGAGAUUUACAUGGGGAGUUAAGGGUUCUGUCCUCUAUAGCAGAGAAGAAAGAACAAAUUAGCAGUAAGUUUCAAGCUAUGUCUGAAAGAAAGAGUACUUACGACAUUGGGAAAUUUGAAGGAAAAAGGAGUCAGAUUUCUAUGUCCGUUAUUAUUGUUGAAGAUGAUGAUAACAACUUGGAGGAAGCUGAACCAGGAUCCUCACAGCAGCACACAAAUACUGGAAGAUGUAUGGGGGAGAUUGAAGAGGAAGUUGAAUCAAUCGCACCUGAAUCAAGCCUAAUGAAUGCUUUGAUUGGUACCCGACCAUCUACAUCUGAAACUGUUGAAAGAUCUUAUGCCAGCGAUUCCACUGAAACUCCACCAAGAUCUUCGCUUCAGCAGCACAACUUGGAGGAAGCUGAACCAGGAUCCUCACAGCAGCACACAAAUACAGGAAUAUGUAUGGGGGAGAUUGAAGAGGAAGUUGAAUCAAUCGCACCUGAAUCAAGCCUAACGAAUGCUUUGAUUGGUACCGGACCAUCUACAUCUGAAACUGUUGAAAGAUCUUAUACCAGCGAUUCUAAGAUAAGAGACAUAGAGCAAGUUGAAUCAAUGGAAAGAGAACUGAAACUGAUUUACGCUUUUCUCAAAGAUGUUGAAGCAAUUGAAGAACCAGAUGCAAGACUCAGGUUCUGGGAGGAGGAAAUGAGAGGUAUUGCUCAGGAAGCAGAGGCUUUCCUUGGCCCCUAUAAGCAGAACGUAAGAGUGGAAGAGAAGGGCUUCUGCAAUAGGCUUGCAUCAACAGUCAAAAAUCUGAAUGCUGAUUCCAAGGUUGUGAAGAAGAUCUCUAAGAUCAGGAAAAAAAUUCAAAAAUUUACAGAGAGACGGAUAGAAUAUGGCAUUGAACAUGUUGAAGCAUUUAACUCUACGACUCAUAAAAUAUAUCAGAAAAGGCCUCCAUCUCAAUAUUCUGAAGAAUCUGAUAUCAUUGGCUUUGAGGACCAUGAAUAUGAAAUAACGGAAAGAUUGCUCACAGUUGAUGAACCACAUCGCUGCAUCAUUUUGGUUGUGGGAAUGGAAGGCUCUGGUAAGACAAACCUCGCAAAAUCAGUCUAUGACAAGAAUAAAAUCCACUUUUGUACCCAUGCUUGGGUUCCUAUAUCUGGAAAGUGUAGUGCAGUAGAGAUUCUGCAAGACAUAAGGAAAGAAGUAAUUGGAUCUGAUCAAGAACCAAAAGGGAAGCGGUCCCUUAAAGAAGAAUUAAAGCAAAUGCUUCAGAAUUUCUUUAGGGAAAAGCGGUACCUCAUAGUUCUGGAUGAUAUCCCCACGGCCGGAGUCUGGGAUGAUCUCAAAGACACAUUUCCAGAUGAAUCAAAUGGGAGUAGAGUAGUGAUCACUACUCGUGACAUGGAUAUAGCUUCACAUUCUGACUCAAGAAUCUUUCAGUACAAACUGCACUUGCGAAGUAUUGAUGAGAGUUGGACAUUAUUUACCGAUACUUUGAAGAAUGAAGUCCCCAAAGAACUGGAAAAGCUCGGAAAAGAAAUCGUGAUGAGUUGUGGUGGUUUGCCACAGACAAUCGUAAACAAGGGAAAACUACUGUCGGAGAAAGCUGCAACAAUUGAGGAGUGGUUAAGGGUGCUAAACGAACUCAAAGGAGAAACAGGACCUUGGUUAGAAAUCUCAAAAAAGGUCAGCAGGGACUUGCCUCUAGAAUUGAAAGGAUGUCUAUAUUAUUUCCUAUUAUUCCCUGAAGACUUUGAGAUCCCUACAAGAAGAUUAAUCACACUGUGGGUUGCUGAGGGGUUUUUGAGACCAGGCAGGGGUGACAAAUCUCCUGAACAUUUUGCUGAGAGGUAUCUGAUGGAGCUGAUAGAUAGGAACCUGGUUCAAGUAACAGAGAAGAAGCCAAAUGGUAAAGUCAGAACUUGUUGUCUUCCUGGUGCAUUGAGGAAACUCUUGUCAAAAGCUAUGGAAGGCAAAAUUUCCAAAGGACAAGAGAAGACAUCUUCGAAAUCAUCUUCAAGCAUUCAGUGGAACCGUUGGAUUGUUGAUCAUCCCAAUUACACAGACGCCAGUAACACCAGCUAUAAUCAUAUUCAUGAUGACAACAUUGACACUGCUACUCUGCAAGCCUCUUACGAGAAAUCGCUAUCUUUUAUGUCUUUCGAUUAUGGAGAAGGAAGCCAACCUGGGGAAGAGAUAGGAAAUUUUCUUGAUCGGUGCAUUUCCCACAGGUGCUUCCUAUUGCUGAGGGUGCUUGAUCUUGAACGUGUUUUCAGACCUCAAUUGCCAAAGGUACUGAGUAAGCUGACUUUAUUAAGGUACCUUGGCUUGAGAUGGACUUACCUAGAGUCACUUCCAUCAUCCAUAAGCAACUUGCUGAAACUCCAAACACUAGAUGUGAAGCACACUUACAUCAGUACUCUCCCUCCUUCUAUUUGGAAGAUGCAAUAUCUAAGGCACUUGUAUUUGAGUGAGAGUUAUCGCAGUAGAUUUGAGCCGCGACCAAGUGGUGCCUCUUUGACAGACCUUCAAACUUUAUGGGGUGCGUUUGUGGAUGAGAAAAGUCCUGUGAAUGAUGGGUUGGACACGUUGAUCAAUCUUAGAAAAUUGGGUGUAGCAUGCCGGUGUAUGUCAAAUCAAAAGGAUGUAAUGUCAUUGAAACUUCAAGCAGUGGCUAACUGGAUUCAAAAACUAGAACAUCUUCAGUCUUUAAGGCUGAAAUCCCAUGAUGAAAACAAUCAACCUUGGGAUCUACACAUAAAGCCUUUGUCAGGCCACACAAAUCUCUCCAGUGUAUAUUUUCUUGGAAGGUUAGAAACUCCAUCUAUCAUCUCUGAAUUUCCAGAGAACCUCAUUGAGCUUACCUUGUCAGCAUCAGCACUAAUUGAGGAUCCAAUGCAGAAGUUAGGUAAGCUUCCAAAACUGAGGAUUCUUGGGUUGUUCUCUAAAUCUUAUGUAGGGAAGAAUAUGUGCUGCCCUCAAAACAGCUUUCCUCAGCUUCGAGUUCUUAAACUAUGGAAGCUAGAGGAGCUGGAGGACUGGAUUGUGGAGGAAGGCGCACUGUCUCGUCUCAGAGAUUUAGAGAUCAGAUCAUGUGCAAGUCUGCAUAAGCUUCCGGAUGGAUUGCAGCAUGUUAAGACUCUCCAAGAAGUGAAAAUUUCAAGCAUGCCAAUGGAGUUCACAGAACGGACUAAGGACAGUAACAGUGAGGAUUGGUUCAAAAUAGAACAUGUGCGCUAUGUGAGAACUGAACCCUGAGGUUAAGGUUUAACUGUGAGCUGUAACUUUGGAGCACUCGGUAUGGUACGAAGAUAGAGUUUUGGAGAGCUUCAAUGACUUUCGAUUAUGAUUGGCUUCAUUUACUGGAUAUUAGCUAUUUCUAUUUCAUUUCAGUUUAUUUGACAUUUGGAAUUUCUUUCAGUUAUGGAUAUUUAAGGACUGUAAGAAAUUUAUUUGAUUGUUUGUUUAUUUGGA